CUGAGGUCAUUCACCAUAUCAAAGAAACGCUAUCUUCCAAUCAUUUGGCAAUGUUUGAGCGGUCUUCCACCGACAGAAGAAGGUGGAUUCACGGAUGGUCGAACAUUACGCGUUAAGUUGAAAAAUAGCAAGUUUUCCUCACCGUUCGUUGACUACCGGGAGAAGAAAACUGAGAAGCAAUUAAAGACGAAAUACGAAACUUGGAAGAAGAAGAAAUCUGCAGAGUUAAACCAUAUCGAUCCGUUUUUGGACGUGCUUUCUCGGAGGUUGUACAGUGGGGUCAAAUUGAAGUCGGGAGUAUCUGCUUCAAGAAUUAACAUUCAGGAUUGCGCUCUAUUUCGCUUGUUGUCGAAUGAAUGGAAAGUGCUUCAUCCCGACGAUCCUCAAUGUACGCAGAGUUAUCCAGACGACGCAAAUUAUGAGAGAUGGGAUGUUCCUCCGGUUCUGGUCAAUUAUGUUCGUGGUACUGCUAUUCGUUGGGGAUCUCCUUGGCAUACAAAUCCUGAUGUCAUUUUGGUAUGUAAUGUUCUCGAGCAUUGGGUGGUGUGUCGGGUACGGUUAUUGGACUGGGAGAUCGAACUUUACGACUCCUUUAGCCACCUUUCAUCAUCAAAGGCGGGUAAUGACCAAGAGCUUAUGUUGACCCCUCUCCGACGACUACUUCCCACACUACUUCACCGGUCCGGUUACUUUGCUGCUAUGAAGAUUCCGCCCAGGUUAGAUGCCUUACCGAUUAAGAGAAUGCCGAGUGAAGUUCAGUUUGUUCAAGAGGAUAUCCAUAAUUGUGGUGUAUUUGCUUGCAUGUACGUUGAACGCAUGCUUGGCGAGAACAUUCCCCGGGAGUUGGAUAUACGUUUAUAUAGACAGAAAAUGACAUUAGCAAUUUUUGCAUGGUCCAAGGCAUUGAUUCUCCGCGACUCGCGGAAAAAUCCCGCGAGUCGCGACCCUGGGAAUCCUGCCAGCAGGAGAGCUCUGUUGUUCAUCGCGACUUGCCAUCUCUUCCGCGAGUCGCGACCUUGGGAAUCCUGCCAGCCGGAGGGCUCUGUUCUUCACCGCGACUCGCCAUCUCUUCCGCGAGUCGCG